UUGACUCACCACAUCUUGCUCUGCACCAUGAGGAAGGAUGGGCAGCCCAGCAAACUAAGCAUCUUCCUCCUUCUCCUCUUCUUCCUUUCUGGAAACACCUCUCCCACCACAGAACCGCAGUACAUGGUGCUACUGCCCUUUCUGAUAUCCACUGGCACCCAUGAGAAGAUCUGCAUCCAGUUGACCCACCUGAAUGAGUCUGUGACGCUGAGUGCGACACUGGAGUACCAAGGGGAGAACAGGAGCUUGAUUGAUGAAGUGGUGUCAGAAAAGGACGUGUUCACCUGCAUCCCAUUUUCACUUCCAAAAUCAAAUAACCAGUCACAAGUUGCAUUUAUCACUGUACUGGUGAAAGGGUCAACACUGGAGUUCAGGAACCGCAAGUCAGUGCUGGUCAAGAAUUCUGAAAGUUUAGUCUUCAUUCAGACAGACAAACCCAUCUACAAGCCGGGACAGACAGUUCUGUUCAGAAUUGUUUCACUGGAUGAAAAUUUCCAUCCCUUGAAUGAGGUGUUUCCACUGGUCUAUAUUGAGGAUCCCAAGAAAAACCGUGUAUACCAGUGGACAAAGGCAGAGUUAAAAGGAGGGUUAAUCCAGAUGUUCUUCAAUCUCACCUCUGAGCCCAUCCAAGGGACCUACACAGUUGUGGCACAGAAGGCUUCUGGGAAGACAAUCCAACAUCGUUUCUCUGUGGAGGAGUAUGUGCUGCCGAAAUUUGAAGUAACAGUGAAAAUGCCAAGGGUGAUCACCAUUCUUGAUGAGCAGCUGAAGGUGACAGUUUGUGGUCUAUACACCUUUGGAAAGCCUGUUCCUGGCCUUGUGAGCUUCCGUGUAUGCCGGAAUUUUGAACACCCAGCCACCACCUGCUAUGGUGAAGAGGCAAAGGCCGUGUGCGAUGAAUUCUCUGGGCAGACAGAUAACCAUGGCUGUGUUUCUAAAGUGGUAAAGACCAAGUUAUUCCAGCUCAAGAGAACUGGAUAUCAGAAUAAGCUCCAUGUGGAGGCUAAGAUGAAAGAGGAGGAGACAGGAGUGGAGUUGACUGGAGCAAGCUUCUCUGAGAUCACAACCACAAUUAGCAAAGUCACCUUUGAGGAGACAGAUUCCCAUUACAAACCUGGAAUCCCCUUCUUUGGGCAGGUGAAACUAGAGGAUGGCUCUGGUAUUCCAAUUGCCAAUGAAACCAUAAAGAUUUCUUUAACUGGAGGCCAGGAGACCAACUACACGACAAAUGAAGAGGGCCGAGUGUGGUUUGCUCUAAACACCUCCAUGUUUGACUUCAAUUCUAUUGGAAUUAGGGCAACUCACAAAACACAGCCCUACUGCUAUGACCAUUCCUGGGUUAUUCCAUACUAUGAACAAGGUUAUCUCCAAGUAGAACGCUUUUACUCCCCCAGUAAGAGCUUCCUCAAAAUUGAGCCCAAGUCUGAGACACUUAGCUGUGGCUGCACCACGGAGGUACGAGUGCACUAUAUCCUUACACCAGAGGGCAUAGGAGAAAAGAAGAAAAUCGUCUUUUACUACCUGGUGAUGGCCAAAGGAAUCAUUAAGCGAGCAGGCACAAACACUCUGGAUUUGGACCAUGAAAGUGCCAAUGGGGUCUUCUUGCUACAGCUGCCUGUACAAGCUGACAUUGCUCCAGUGGCCCAAGUACUUGUCUACACCAUUUUCCCUAGCAGGGAGGUUAUCGCUGAUUCAACCAAGUUCAAGGUAGAAAGAUGUUUCAGCAAUAAGGUGGACUUGAGCUUCUCUCCUUCCGAAGGCCUGCCUUCUUCUGACACUCACCUGCUGUUCAGAGCCUCUCCAAACUCCCUCUGUGCUGUCCGAGCUGUGGACAAGAGUGUUCUCCUCAUGAAGCCAGAGGCCGAACUGUCACCCUUCUCUAUAUAUGAUUUGCUGCCGGUGACGGAAUUACGUGACUAUCGCUAUGGCUCACAUAUGAUCUUGGAGGAUCCCCAAGAGGACUGCAUCCCUUUGAAGAAGAUAAUUCUGAAUGGGAUCACCUAUUCUCCGGUAGUGGACGUAAAUGAAGAGGACACUUACAGCAUCUUAAAAGAAAUGGGUUUAAAGGUUUUUACAAAUUCCAAGGUGAGGAAACCUUGGUAUUGCAGCUCUGAGAAUUUCGUAUCUCUAGAAGCCGUCCCUGCAGCAAAUAUAAUCCUGCCUGGAGCACCUAUGCAUGCACUCAGGACAAGCGGUCCAGAGCGGGAUAGACCGUAUAGCACAUUAAGUACUCCUGAGGAGCUAACAGAGACAGUUCGAAAGUAUUUCCCAGAAACCUGGAUUUGGAGUUUAGUAUCUGUAAGCUCAGAGGGAAAUGCUGAACUGGAUGUGACCAUCCCUGACACCAUCACUGAAUGGAAAGCCAAUGCAUUCUGCACCUCGGCAAGUGCUGGCUUUGGCCUGUCUCCAACUGUGUCCCUCAAAGCCUUCCAGCCCUUCUUUGUAGAGCUCACCUUGCCCUACUCUGUGGUGCGUGGUGAGGCCUUCAUGCUGAAAGCCACUGUUUUCAACUACCUGACAGCCUGUAUCAGGGUCAGUCUGACUCUAGCUCAAUCUACUAAUUUCCUGGCUACCGCAGUGGAAAAGGAAGAAGAAUCUUAUUGUCUCUGUGAGAAUGGAAGAAAAACAGUGGCUUGGCUGGUGACUCCCAGAUCUCUAGGGCUGGUGGAGUUCUCAGUUAGCACUGAGGCCCUGCAGGACCAGCAGCCCUGUGGGAAUGCAAUAGUGAAGACUCCUGAGAAAGGGCGGAAGGACACAGUGAUCAGGCAGCUGCUAGUGGAGCCUGAAGGCAUUGAAAAGGAAACAGCCCAGAACUAUGUGCUCUGUGUAAAAGGAGAGCCUGCAAAAGAGAAGAUUUUCCUGUCAGUCCCUUCAAAUGUGGUGCAAGACUCAGCCAGAGCAUAUUUCUCAGUGCUGGGCGACAUCAUGGGCACUGCCAUGCAGAACCUGCAUCAACUCCUCCGGAUGCCAUUUGGCUGUGGGGAGCAGAACAUGGUCCUGUUUGCACCCAAUAUCUACAUCCUGGAUUAUCUGAACAAGACAGGGCAGCUGAGUGAGGAGGUCAAAUCUAAGGCCAUUGGAUACUUAGUGAGCGGUUAUCAAAGGCAGCUGAACUACAAGCACCCAGACGGCUCUUAUAGCACCUUUGGACCACGUUAUGGCCAGCCAGGAAACACCUGGCUCACGGCCUUUGUCCUCAAGUCCUUUGCCCAGGCCCGGUCUUACAUCUUCAUAGACGAGAAGCACAUCCAGGAUGCUUUAGUCUGGCUCUCCUACAAACAGAGGGAGAAUGGCUGUUUCCGCAGUUCUGGGACACUCCUGAACAAUGCCAUGAAGGGUGGAGUGGACAAUGAGGUCACGCUGACGGCCUACAUCACUAUUGCUUUACUGGAAAUUCCUCUGCCUGUAACUCACUCCAUGGUGCGAAAUGCUCUGUUCUGUCUGGAAAUGGCAGCAGAGGAGAAAGGAAGCCAUGUGUAUACCAAAGCACUGCUGGCAUAUGCCUUCACCCUGUCCAGGAAGGAGGAGAAGCGGAAGGCACUGCUUAGCUCACUUGAAGAGGAAGCUGUGAAAAAGGAUGGGUCUGUUCAUUGGCAGAGGCCUGGGAAAGAGCCAGAGGUUGAUCUCCCAUACUAUCACUACCGAGCUCCCUCUGCUGAAGUGGAGAUGACAGCCUAUGUCCUCCUUGCUCACCUCACUACACAGCCAGCACCUUCCCAGGAUGAGCUGUCAUUUGCAUCACUUAUUGCAAAGUGGAUCAGCAGUCAACAGAAUCCCAAUGGAGGCUUCUCCUCCACCCAGGACACAGUGGUGGCUCUCCAAGCUCUGUCCCUGUAUGGAGCUGUCACCUAUGCCAAGAGUGGAGCAUCUGCCAAAGUGACUCUGCGAUCUGGAGGGGACUUCCAGCAAAACUUCCAAGUGGAUCCCACAAACCGUCUGUUGCUCCAGCGUGUGCCACUGCCCACAGUGCCUGGGGAGUACAGUACAGAGGUGUCUGGUGAAGGAUGUGUCUACCUGCAGACAAGCCUGAGGUACAACGUGCAGCCCUCGCAGGAGAGUGCACCCUUCAUGCUCCAGGUGCACACAAUCCCAGAGACGUGUGAUGACUUGAAGGCUCACAAGAUCUUUGACCUAGCCAUAAAUGUCAGUUACACUGGGGAGCGCAAUGUCUCCAACAUGGUGAUUGUUGAUGUGAAGAUGCUGUCAGGAUUCAUCCCUGUAAAGUCCUCAGUGAGGAAGCUGGAAGGCAACCAGCUUAUUGAACGCACAGAAUUGAGUACCAACCAUGUUCUAGUGUAUCUGGAGAAGCUGAGCAACACAACCCUGAACUUCUCCUUCACGGUGGAGCGUGACAUCCCUGUGCAGGGCCUAAAGCCAGCUCAAGUGAAGGUCUAUGACUACUAUGAGACAGAUGAGUUUGCCAUUGAGGAAUACAAUGCUCCCUGCACCACAGGUAGAGUACAUAAGAACAAUGAAGUGUUCCAGCAAAGGCUCUCACAGCUUAGUUUGUAUAAGGAUCUGUGCAGACCUCGGGUUUCUGGAGCCUGA